GUUUUGAUUCAAUGAUGUCAUGUUUAGAACGUUGCACUUAAAAAUAUCAGUUUUUAUUUUCUGUAAGACUAAACAAAAAUUUAUGAAUCUUUCUAGAAUUUUCUGUGUGCUCAAGUUUUAUACUUUUUGAGAUCAUGUUUUCUACAUGCCUGCUUAAUUUUUCAAAAAAUUUCCAAGCUUUUUAAAAGUUUCGGCUUUUUCAAAAAAAUCUAAAACCUGCCAGCAAUCACUAGAGUUUCCCAAAAUUUUUUUUUUCGGAAAGUUUUCAACUGUUCUUGAAAAAUGUUGAGAAGUUUUUCGAAAUGUCCAGAAAAAAGUCCAGAAAUCACUAGAAAUUUUUUGAAUCAAUAAAAAAUGUGAAAUUUUUUACAUUCGAUUUUUUGACGCAUGAUAAUGGAUAUCGAGAUAAUAAUCAGAAACAAAACUCCUUUUUCGAAUUUAAUAAUUUAAGAAAACAGAAAAAAACAGACGACGAGUGAAAUUUAAGCAAAUGACAACCCAUGUUCUACAUGUUAUCACUGCAAAACUUUACUUUCAAGGCUCCUGUUUUCAGAGAUUUUUACACUAAAUUCCCAGGAGCAUGUAACAAAUGCUUCAGCAAUUUUGAUACCGCGGAGCUCAUGUUGGAGCACAAAAGCGAGAAGCAUCCAGGAUGGGAACACGAGGAGAAACCAAAAGUUUAUGCUGACGAUGAAUAUACCUUCUAUUGCCAAGAGAAAAUGUGUUAUGGAGCAUUUCUUUUGGAGCAAGACCUUAUUUAUCAUCAACAAAAAGUUCACCCCAAGCAGCUCAAAACAGAAAAUGUAAUUUUCUGCAAUAAAUGCAGUUAUGAAUAUUUCCACGAAACAAGCAAGUUUUUGGCUCAUAGCCAACAACGGCACGACGGAACAGCAACGGCAGUUCCGAGAAUGAUUAAGCACAUCCCGUCAGGUGGCACAUCUCUCCUACCAUGUGAAAAAGAAAGUGACGUGAAAACUGGACACGCGGAGAAAGACGACGACACUGACUCCUCUUUUGAGAUUGUCUAAACCUAUUAUUUUCAAAUCCACUUUUUGAAAAAUUUAAUCUUUAAUCAUUCUAUGAAAUAGCGGGGAAUUUUUUUUUUCAAAAUUCAAAAUUUGCCACUGAUUCCGAAUACCUAAUGUAAAAAAUCCGAAAAAAAAAUUACUGCUAUUCUAUUCCACGCGCUUCAAACAUAACUCCAAUUCGUAACUCUAACAAGCUUAAAUGAAAACUCUCGAAAAUAAAUAUUGUAUAAUUUUUUGUCAUAUAUAUUAGGGAUCCAUAUCGUUUUUUAAAAAGUUUUUUAAUACGAUUUCAUUACUCAUUACUAUAAACAAUUUUUGUCGAAAAUGCUGGCGAGUAAAGUUGACAUUGACCCCAAUCAAUUUUUCCAAAUAGAAACUCGAACCAAAACCAAGUUCAUAUGAGGGAAAUGCAAAACCAAAAUACGAAGACACUUCUUCACAAAUAGGGUACUUUCUACUAUAAAAUAGCUCUGUAGAUCUUACACUGGCAAAACGUUCCUGUUCCGACUAUUUUAAAAUUUAUGCCACUAUAAAGUAUUUGUUUACGAUGUCACAGAGCUGAACCUUCACUUUUGUCUUUUCUGUAAUAUAAUCUCAUUUUCAGGUUUAAUUAUGAAUUGUAAAAAUUUCUAAUUAUUCUUGUCUAUCAGCUUAUCAUUAUUAUAUAUUUCUAAUAUUUAUUUGAUUUUUGUCUAUUUUCUAAUCACGAUAACUAAAUCGUAAAUAAAUAAAUAAAUCACUCGUCCUUCUGAAAAAAAAGCGACUCAAAUAAAUUAUCCUCACAAUUAAAUACGUUUUACUGUGUCGUGUGUGUAUGUCGCGUCAACUCACCACGCCUUGAAAAUGUAGCGUUACUAUAUUUGUAAUUUAGUAUUUCUACGCAAUUUGUUGAUUCCGUCCACCGCUUCAAGUGAUCUUACAACUUUCAAGUCAAUAAAAAAUCACGUCGUUUCAAUUUAAAAAAAAAACGAAUAGUCACGCCAACUCUCACGCCGCCGUAAACUUGCCAAGCCAAAACAAACCUCAAAAACAUUAAGAAACCACCCCAAUUCGUAUUUAAAAAAAAUAGAUUUCAGUUGCAUGAGGAAAGUUUCUAGGCUAUAGGCAAAUUUGAUGAAGACAAAUUUUCAAUAGUUUUUGAUGUUGCAAUUAUAGGAUCCUUUCCAGAAAAACCGUUUUGAAAUCAGCUAUAGAUAAGAAUUUAUUUUUGGGCAAGACUUUAAAUCAAUUCGCCGUGUCCGGCUCGUGUUCGAGGUGUCCGUUUUUAUCGACUUUUUGCGCAUGCCAGGCUAUGUCUUGAGUGGCAUCUGUUUUGCUGUUCAAUCUGUCGCCUCCCGUUUCUAAAUGAUCUAUCUCUUUCAUGGCACAUUCGUGGUGGACCACCUAACGCGCGGCCAGUAUGUGUGCUCAUUUUUAUAAUACCACGAUGAAUGGAUGCUGCUUGUUAAAUAGAAGACUGUUAGCAGCUAAGAAUUUCGAGACAGUUGAGGAUCUUGAGGAUCAUGAAUUUGAUCGGAAUGCGGAAGGUCACCCAAAUCAACCUGUGCGGAUCUACGGAUAAUUUGUAAGGCAGAGCAAAAAAUACUUAUUAUCAAUUUUUUUGAUUUUCUCAAAAACUGGUCUAGUAAUUUUUUAACAAAAAUCUUUAAUUCCGGUAUUUCAGAUUUUUCAAAUUAAAUUUUUUAAUUUCAAUUUUCAGAAGCCCUUUUCUCACUUUGAAAUCUCGUUCUUAAAUCACGAUUUGU